UUACUUUAGGCGCACAUUUUGAAGUUUUUUACACGAGGACGUUGUUGAUACCAAUGGUUUCACACAAUGCGGCUUUCAAGGGUGAUAUUGUUUAUUAUCUGCAUAAACCGACAAAAAGUGCAUACAUCGGAUCAGUUAUAAUGUCAGAUGCCCAUCCAGCACGGAAUAACACUGAAGUUACUCAUGAUAAAUGUGAAAAUGAAUAUACGGUUAAAGUUGAUUGGAGGACUUUUGGAUUUAAAUCUGAUAGUAGCUCCAUACCGCUCAAUUUAAAACCAGAUGAAGUUCACUUUUUGGACAGAAGUUAUAUGCCUGGAGAGGUCGUUCAAAACUUAGAAACCAAAAUGGUCGGAACAAUCUCAAACGUUCGUAUGACAGCCCAUGCAGAAAUACUAGAUCAUCAGAAGGUCAUGUUCGAUAUUCAGUGUGACCAUUUAAGAAGUGUGUAUCCAUGGACCACAUAUGUCGACGAAAACUAUGUGAUUUGGAAUAGUUGGCUCGGUCGAGUGUCAGAUUGUCGUCUUAUGGCAAUCGUCCGAUUUUUGGAUGGAGCACGACUCCUUGUUGGAGAUAAUUGCCUAGAAUGUUUUGAGUCAUUUUUAUCAGUGCCAGAUGAAUAUAUGAAUAACAAUUACGAAGGUGUCUGGUUGGUCGGUGACGCGUUGGACUUAAGAUCUAGUAUGAAUUCAUCGAAAUCUAGUAAAUUUGAUUUUCUCAAUCUACCUGUGGAUUCGUCCUCUGAUAAAUGUCGUAAUACGGAAAAAUUAACAAAUUCAAAAUCAAUACCACCGUCUGAUAUUUAUAACAAUUCCUAUUCAGCCAACGAAACAUUUCCACUUGGACAUCCUAUUAGAUUUUUGCAGGCACUUGCACAAUAUCCUAUCACCAAAACUUUCGCUCAUCAUCCUGAACAAAUAACAUGUCUUUUGAAACGUACACCUAUUUUCUUAGUUGAAACACCCGCUCAUAAUGCUGUUUGGCUUUCUCGAUUAAAAUCUAGUGUAGAUGUUGUAUUUUGUGUGGAACAUUUUGCUCCUGUCGAAGCCACUGUUCAUUGGUUCGCUAAUCGAAAUUCACAACCAGACAAACCACCUCCACGUGUUAUUCAUGGAUUGGAUUUGGUAAAUUUAAAAUCAGUCAUUUCAAACUCCUUUAUUAACUGCCAAGUAGGUGAUAUUUGGUACUACAAACUGCAGGAUUCUGAUAAAAUUUAUAAUACGAGCAAUUUUACUCGACCGGAGCAAUUGUUAUAUAAAUGGUUCACGAACGAUAUUUCCAGUCUUGGAGCAGGGUUUUCACUUUCACCUCCAUAUUAUCUACUGAAUGAUGACAAACCGAUGACAGAUCAGGACGAAUUCAAUGGAAAUUGUGUCAUUAGUAAAAACGAACUAGGAAAGUCAAUUGUUGAAUCCUCAUCAGUUACAAACCUGAAAAGUUCAGGAUUAAUAGCCGGAGAAAAAAUGCCAAGCAGGACAACACCUUUUUGGGCACAGGUUAAUCUAUUUGCUUCUCAACGUCGUCGUAGGCGAGUAACUGUGGAUCCACGACAUCGUAUUCCUCGCACAGAUAUUUUUCAUUGGGCUCACAGAUUUCAUAGAUCAACACCAUCUUUCACUCCAUACAUUGAUAUUAGUGCUGAUGUCUCUGAUCACGAUGGUGAUCCCCAUGAUGAUGAGAACGAUACACUAGAACGAACAAAACAUCAGUCACAAAUACAGGAUCAAAACGAUCAACAACAUAAACAAAUUGAUCAUAUGAAAGAACCAACACCGAUCACAGCAACUCUCACUCCUUGUACCACUAGCACUACUACUAAUGCGACGAAAGAUGCCAAUGAUACUAAUACAAAUGAAAAUUCUAUUUUAUCGCCAGUGGAUAUUAUUUCGUCGGAUGUUGCAAUAAACAAAUCUACAACGAAUACUACUUUACCAUCAGAUCAAAUAAAUAUCGUUGAUGGUGAUGAUCCUAAUCAUGAUGAUAGCACUCAUGUCGAGGAAAAAAGAGAACGCUUCUGCAAAAAAACGAAGUUAUCAAAACAUUCAAGGCGUCUACGUGUUCUUCGUCGACAAGCGGAAUAUAUUCAAGAAAAACGCGCUAUUCAUUUAAGAGCUGGCGAUUGGGUGCCUUUACGAAUUUAUGCAACUAAUUCAGUGUAUGAUAUAAAAUGGAUUGAUGGAUCUGUAUCGAAAGGUGUUACUUCUGAUAAGAUUUUAUCGUUUGGUGGACAUACAGAGCAUUAUUUAUUUCCUGGAUUUUUAGUUUCUUUAAAAAGUGAUAAAAAUUGUCGUUCACAACCUAUCCCACCGAAUCCAAUUGUGAAUGAUCUCUCCUCAGUAGUAGUUACAGAAACGAUUGAAAAACUAAAUACUGUUCCAUCCUCUAUAAUCGAAUUGCCUUGUGAUCACCCUAGAGAUCUUGGAGUAGCCCUUUCUUAUAAUACGAAGGAUCAAACUUGUCUUGUUCAGUGGUUCAAAACUGGAAACUCUGAAAAUGGUUCCUUGCCAAUGAUUCCUAUUGGUUCUCCGGAAGAAAUUGGUGUCUAUGAAAUUUCUGGAUCCGGAGAAUAUCAAAUGAAUUAUGGUGACAUUGUUGUAAUCAAAUCUGGCAGUAAAACUGAUUAUUCAAUUUAUCCUGCUGGUGUUUUAGAAGAUAUUAUUCCGGAGUCAGGUAAACUAGUAAUUCGUUGGAUUGAUGGAACUUCAAGUGAAGUUUAUCGUACCGAUUGUUUACAAGCAAUUGAUGCUGAUGAUGAUUCUACAGAUUAUGAAGAUUCCUUCGACUCAGAAUUCAGCGAUUCAGAUGAUGAAAAAACUGAAAAGUGGGAAUUAUAUUCAACUUCUUCGGAAUUUUCGUCUUGUUCAAGCUUUUUUUCUACAUCUGGUUCCUGCUCUUCGUCUUCUUUGUCUAAGUCAUCUGAUAGUAACAAUGAUAAUGACAGUGCAUGUUUACGAGUUAUGCAACCGACAUAUGAAGAUGAUUUACGACCUGUUGGAAUUAAACUUUCACUUGCCAGUCAACACGUUACAUCUGCGCACAGACUAUUUUCUGAUCGAUUUACAUUUGUUUUGUGGUUAAUGCGGUGUUUUGUUACAAUUUCAGGCAUUGCAGAUGAUAUCCUUGAACAGGUUUACUCAGCACUUCGUAAUGCAGCUCUAAUCCAUCCUGCGGAAAUAAAUACUGUUAGUUCUACUUCAUUGAAAACAUCUCAUACUAAAGAUUCGACUGGUGAUACAUCUUUACUAACAAAGACAGAAAACGUAUGGAGUGAUGCUGAUGAAAUAGAAGCUAUUUCGUGUGUAGAAAUGCUCACUACUAGCCGGUCAUUACUCUAUGAAGCAUUCCGGUUGAUUAAGGAUUACAGAAUUAAGAAAAUGUGGCACUUGUGUGAUUUCCGUUCGAAUUUAUUCGAAAAACAUAUUGGCGCUAUUCUGCGUUUAUUUGAAUCUUUUCCAUUACCUACACAUGAGCAAGCGAAAUUGUCCGAUCCAGUCAAUUUCGUUUCAUUAAAUGAAGAUGUUUAUGGUCUGAGCAAGCCAUUGGACACGGCAUACGCAAUAAAAAGUAGCCCUGACAAGGACAUUUAUGUGUCUGACCAGCAAAAUCCUUCAAAUAAUUGCACAUCUAGUGCUACUGAAGUACUAAAUAAAAAUGAACCAAUUCAUUUCUUGCUACGUUCUAACAAAAGAGGAUUGAAAAUUGAAGGUCUACGGAGUAAUUAUACCAUAGCGAUAAAUACUGAGGUAAUUAUAAAAUUGGCCAAAUUUCUAUAUAAUCUGCAAAAAGAUAUUCUAGAACAAUUGACCGAUUUAAAUAAUGAAAUUAUGGCAUGGCUCCAUGAAUACGCUGCACAAUGUAUACAAAAAUCAGAUUUGAAUGGUCCAGUGAUAACAAGUAAUACUGAUACUGCUGAUGGUCAUCGACCUACAAUAUAUAAAUCUGACUCUGAUAAAUGUACCAUUGAACCUGAGUUAAUUAACAAUGACCAUUCCAAUAACUUGGAAGAAAAUAUGAAGUUAGCAUGCAAAUUAAAGGAGAUUUCUUCCUCAGAUGUUACAACUUUACCCAGUGAAGCAGUUGCAGAAGACUCCACAACCAAAAAUGUAGAAAAUAUCAUGUUGGCAUGUUUGUCUUCAAAAAUUGAAAAUAUAUCAGUUGAACCGUUGUCUGUUAAUUUUUCAACAAAAUGUAUUCUUUCUGAAUCAAGUUUAGAGUCACUUCCAGUCGAACAAAGAGGCCAAUUCAUUAUGGAACCUACUGCUCCUUAUAAUCAUCGAUUUUAUAAAUCAAACCAGAAAACGCUACCGAAAACAUUCCAUAAAGCUUUACGACGUGAUAUCUCUCUUCUAUCCACCAUUCUUCCAAACGACAUUAUUGUUAAAGGAUUUGAAGAUCGAAUAGAUCUUUAUUCAAUAAUGAUUAUUGGUGCAUCUGGUACACCGUAUGAACAUUGUUUAUUCUUUUUUGAUGUUGGUUUGGCAUCAAGUUAUCCUACAACCCCACCACAGGUACAUUAUUACAGUUUCGGCAAUGAAAAAGUCAAUCCGAAUUUGUAUGUUGAUGGACAUAUUUGUCUUUCUUUACUGGGUACAUGGAAUGGUCAGGGCAGUGAGAAUUGGAGUGCUGAAACGUCCAAUUUAUUGCAACUAGCUAUAUCAAUUCAGGCUUUGAUUCUUAAUUCAGAACCGUAUUUUAAUGAAGCUGGUUAUGAAGAGCGACGUACGGAUACAAUCUAUCAAGAACAAAGUCGUAUUUAUAAUGAGUCUGUGGUAGCGUUAAAUCUGCAAUCAAUGAUAAGUAUUGUACAAAAUCCUUUCCCUCAUUUCCGUAAAGAAAUUAUCAAACAUUGUGUUGAUAAAUGUAAUAACGACUUUUGAUUGGUCCACUAUAUCAAGUAAUAUCAUGAUUUCCCAGUUGUAUCGAUUUGGCAUCAAUCCAUAAUGUCAUUGACUGUUGGUCUGAACUAGGUUAGUAGAUGCAGGCUGUCUUGCUUGGGGUGAUUAUGCUCGAUAACCCAGAUCAUUGAUUGUAGAUGUUAAGUGACAUGGCGCACAAUCGAUCACAGAAUUCCAAAUGUAUUUACUCUUUGUCCUCCCUUUAAUUUUGGAUCACAUUACUCCGUCCUACUUUUAGUUCUCGCUUUUCGAACCAUAUUAUCAAUGUUUAUUGUUUCAUCUUGUUAUUCUAAUAUGGUAUGUCAAGUUUGACCGACGUUGAUAAUAACUGACUGAUUGUAUGCUACCUUUGAUAUUGUUAUUUCAUUUUGUUGAUCCACUGUCCCCGUGUUUAAUAUCAAGUUGUAUAACUUAUCUUCAAAAAGUGUUCACAUUUCUAAACAUUUCAUUGUUUUACUAUGCUUAUUUAUCAACUUUUUUCAUAGAUAUCUGUGUUUAUUAGAAAAUUGGGCCUCACUAGAUUCUGUAGAAUAUGAACGUAUUAAAGCAAUCGACCAGUCGUCAACUUCAUCUUUAACUGAAGAAAAACUACUUCUACCGAAAUUUCCAUUGCCACCAGUGUCAAAAGGUUUUCAAUUAUCAGUUAGACGACAUUCAAUCGUAUUAUCAAAUUUAAUAAAAUCUCACAUAGAUUUGAAUAAUACUGCAAAUAAAGACUAGAGUAUUUUGAACUAAUUACAUUUUAUGUCUUGCUUACGUUUUUUAUAGCCAGGUAAUGUUUAUACUUCCGACUGUUUUUUCCUCUCAGAUUUACUUUAUUUACAUAAUUUGUUUCUGUGUGUGUGCAAGCACUUAGUCGUUUACACGAGAAGAUUCUGUUUAAAACUUUAAAAUUUCUUGGCGCUUCCUUUUUCAUAAAAAACAGUUAUACCGUUGCAUACAUAUACUUGUUGGACGCUUUUCGUGAGAGAAAUAUGAAACCCACGGGCGUUCUCCUAACAAAUAUCCAUUCUGUCUGGAAUUACUGAGGAAUAAAUGAUUUAUCGUUCUCCACGACCGCUAUAUAUAUAUAUAUAUAUAUAUAUAUAUAUAUAUAUAUCUGCAAUAAACUUUGACAAGAUCACAUGUACAUGGUACAUCUUUCACAUUCAGUUUCACUCCUGACUGCGUAAUUGGUUUGUUGGUUUUUCCUCCUUAUUUUCAGUUGUCACUUACUAAACUUUUUGUUUUGGUCAGUGUUCUAUUGCUUUUCUACUCUUUUCUGUUUUGUUGCCCUACUCUCAGUUACUACUAUGCAUUGUUUAUUUUAGAAAUAUUCUAUUCUAAUACUACUAACAACAAAUUAAUCUUUCUUUCUAUCCAUUCGAUGUCGUUUCGCAACUGUGUUUAUCAGUACACUUUAUGUGUAGCGAGUUAUUGUAUUCUGUCUUUGGAUAUACAGAUAUAAGAAAAUCGUGUUUAUGAUAACAAUGGUUUUCGAUUUUUGUGUAUUGACUUACUUUCCAUAUAUAUAAAUCAUUACAAUACAGUCGAAAUUAUUCUGGGAUGACGAGACCGAGUACAUCCAGUCCAUGCUAUUUUUUAACAUAUUAAAAAAUUAUUGUCGAUUUUAACUAAACACAAAUUUUUCUAGUUCUGCUUACGCCUUGAGAUGUCACUGUGUGUAUUUGUGCGUUUGUCGAAUAUUAAAUGUCGUCAGUUAUGUGCAUAGUAAAAUAUACUCAAGUAAUUGUACUUAAUAAUUUCCCAUUAAAAAAAUUUCAACCUGAAAUCUUUAAAUAUUUUGUGGAAGAAAUAUGAAACACACCGGAACUUUUAUAACCAAUAUGCAUUCUAUCUGGAAUAAAAGAGGAGCUAAAUCAUUUACCGUUCGCUUUCCCAUGGCAUUACAGGAUAGUAGAGCAAACGUUGCUAGCUAACUUGGUCAAGUAAGUAAUGCGGAUAGGUGACCACUGAACCUCCCUGUAACAGACCUUAUGCUUAGGUGUAUGUCAUGAAACACAGGGGCGAAAUUGUCUGUGCCAGUGAUGUGCAUGUAAU